UGAAUUUCACAAAUGAAACAUAUUCACACGAUGAGUCGAUGUACCGGUGUGGUCCAGGUUUGGACUAUUUUCAUCAGGAGUACGCCAAAAUUCAUGGAUGGGCAAGUUUGUUAGUUUGCAUCUUCGGGUCAAUUGCCAACACCUUGAAUAUAGCAGUCUUAACUCGUCAUGAAAUGAAUUCUCCAACAAAUGCCAUUUUAACCGGAUUAGCUGUUGCUGAUUUAUUAGUAAUGCUAGAAUACAUUCCGUAUGCUAGUCAUAUGUACUUGUAUCACAGAUCUAGAAAAGAUAUCUAUACGUAUGGCUGGGCAGUAUUUGUAUUAUUUCAUUCUCUUUUUACUCAAGUUUGUCAUACAAUAUCUAUUUGGUUGACUGUAACAUUAGCAAUUUGGAGGUAUAUUGCCGUAGCAUACCCUCAACGAAAUCGUGAAUGGUGUAGUUUCCAAAGAACAAUACUAGCUAUAAUUGGAGCUUAUUUAAUUUGUCCGUUAAUUUGUCUCCCGGUUUACUUUACAACUGAAGUCCGAUCUAAACAGGAAUUAUUAGAUUCUUAUGGUAAUUUAGCUAACUUGAGUCACUAUAACACAACUGAGUCAACAUUUAAUCAAACAUUAUGGUUUGUCGAUUUGAGUGAUACAAUGAAAGCUAAUAGUUUGCUUAAUCUAAUUAAUUUUUGCAUGUAUAGUGUUGUGAUUAAGUUGAUACCUUGUAUUGCAUUGACAAUUUUAAGUCUUCGACUCAUUUUGGCACUUAUGGAAACGAAAAAAAGAAGGAAACUUCUCAUAAAUACGACGUUAGUGAGAAACUUAGAUGAAAAAAUGCGCGAAAGUUCAUAUGAUGUUAAAAAGGGAAAAAAAAAAUCGUCCAGAAUUUUAGAUAAAGAAAGACAAACUGACAGAACUACGAAAAUGCUAUUAGCUGUAUUACUUCUCUUCUUACUUACGGAGUUUCCACAGGGAGUACUUGGUUUGCUCAGCGUGAUAUUGGGAUCAGGUUUUUUUCGGACAUGUUAUGUUAAGCUUGGUGAAAUGAUGGACGUAUUAGCUCUAAUAAAUUCUGCUAUAAACUUCAUUCUCUACUGUGCAAUGAGCCGACAAUUUCGAACCAUCUUCAGCCAAUUAUUCUGCAGGUGGAAGUUGUUUGGUAGAUGGGUGCCCGUUCCACCACAUUUAGACAACAAUGGCCAUACAGCAACAACUCACACAAUGACACAAGUGACUCAGGUCUAGCAUCGGAAUAACCAGCAGCCGCACACUUUCCCGUGGAAACGUCGGACACCUAAAGAGGGACAAUGGGGACUACUUAAAAUAUAGUGAAUAAUUAAUCCAGCACUUAAAUUGGUAGCAGACUUUUUUCCAUUUCUAGAGCGUCUAGAAAUGACUCAAGUACUCUCAAACUGAGACGAAUUUACCCCCUCGCUCUUCCCAAUUUCACCGUAAAGUUAUACAGUAUAUUUAAGCGAGCCGAAAAAAAAUUUUCGAUGUCAGUAUACCAGUCAAUAUGUAGUAGAGAAAACAAAUAUGAUGAUUAUUGUAUGUGAUAUCGAUUUAUACAUAUAGUGACUUCGUCAGCAAACGUUGGAAGACACUCAUGGGAAUUAUUUAGGAAACAAAUGGAUCGAGCUCCCCUACAUGUCCUUGUCACAAAACUUGACGUAAAAAAAAUAGGAAAAAAAAAAAUUAUAAAGGUGUUAUCAUUUGAUGUCUUAAUUUCGAUGAAACUUUCUACUUUUUUUUUCUCUUUGUUUUUAUUUGUUGACUUUUUUCUCAAUUAUAUAUAUAUAUAAACAUAAACGUGAUGGAAAGGAUGAUGUAAAAAUAAUUAAUUUGGAUAAAAUCUCGUAAAGUGAAGGUAAAAAUCGUUCGAAAGUUUAUUAAAAAUCAGAUUGCUUAGUGGAAUUUUUUUUUUCUG